AACAUCAACAAGAAAAAAAGUCCCUCACUCACUAGACUAGAGACUGCUGCGGCUAGUUCGGGGAACAAUUUUGUUGUGUGAUUACUGGGCAGUUUUGUGAUAUCGGAAGGCGCUUCCAGUUGGUGGAAGCAUAGGAUAUGAUUGUGUUAUCAGUGAACAGAAAAAAUUAAUCAUACUUCGUACUACAUUGACACUUUUUUUCACUCUUUUCAUUCAUUUGUGUACACCACAUAGUACCUUCCUCUGAUAGCAAAGGGGUUGAACCUUUUCGCUAGUAAACUUUAGGUAUGUACUCAUGUAAUCUAGUCGACGGUCGGAUUUUCCGCAGUCUACUAGUGGCGCUGAUCCUGAACGGUUUCGGAUCGUGAUUAAGUUUACAAACGUCGCCGCGCCACUCGGUCGGAGUUUUGUUUUUGUUCGAGCUGUGCAGAUAAUUUGCAUAUUUACUACCGGUUUCAGUGAGCUAAAUCUAAAUAGCAACCUGAAGGGGCACACAAAGUGCAAUCAACAACAACGCACACAAACAGCCAAAGCAACAUAAGCACAUUUUGAUGGGCUAUGGGUUAAGUGAAACAGGAGCAAGAAAAUUAUGCAACGCAUGUGAUACCUGUGAUAGGAUAGUCCCUUUUCAUUUCCUAUCGGCGCAGUGACACGCAUCAGUCGAGAUACACGGAUGUUAUAUGACAAAUGACAAGUAGAAGCAAGUGAUAAGCGUGACAUCAGAACAUCUCCUAACUAGUUGUAUUUGGCAAAUCACAGGCGUAUUCCGGCGAGGACAGCCGGUAUGAAUCAGCGCGUGUGGUGUGGUUUGACUUUCCAUGAAUGAAUUUGGUGGAAAUUAAGAAGAAGGAAAAAAACGCUCCUGAAGAAGUAUCAGUCAGUCAGCUGAGAGACUUGCUAAGCUUAGCGACGGCGGCGGCAAGUGAUAGUGUAGUGUAAGGAAGAGACACGUUCCUAUCGAAAAAAAAGAAGUGAAAAAAUGGGCUCGACCGAACGUAGCAAGUUGAUAGGCGUAAUCGUCGAAGGGACCAAUACGGCGAGGUUUCGGAUAAUCAAAUUGCCCAAUUUUGAGGAGCUGUGCUCGCACGAACUCCGCAUCACUCAGAUCACACCGCGAGAUGGCUGGGUCGAACAGAAUCCGGUGGAAAUCCUGGAAGCGGUACGUCUAUGUGCCGUCGAAGCCUGCAUCAAGCUGGAACGCCUGGGGUACCUGGUAAAGGACAUAGCCGCCAUCGGCAUCACCAAUCAGCGGGAAACGACGGUCGUGUGGGACAAAAAUACCGGAGAGCCGCUGUACAAUGCAAUAGUUUGGAAUGAUAUUAGAACAAACUCAACGGUAGAUAAGGUGCUGGCACGGUUACCUGAACAGAACCACAACCACUUCCGGUUGAUCUCGGGAUUACCGAUAUCGCCGUACUUCUCGGCUUUAAAAUUGAACUGGCUUAAGGAAAAUGUCCAUGGGGUGCGGAAGGCGUGUCGUGAGAAACGAUGCUAUGCUGGAACCAUUGACACUUGGUUGAUCUGGAACCUCACGGGUGGACCGAAGGGGGGAGCCUUCGUGACGGAUGUUACCAAUGCUUCCCGGACGUUGCUGAUGAACAUCGAAACCCUUCACUGGGAUCCGUUGUUGAUUAAAACGUUUUCGCUGCACGUCGAUAUGCUUCCGGAGAUCCGUAGUUCGUCGGAAAUCUACGGGCACAUCAGGAAUGACAGCGUCCUGGAUGGGAUCCCCAUUAGCGGUAUCCUGGGCAAUCAACAGGCCAGCUUGGUGGGUCAACGGUGCUUCCGGGAGGGACAGGCCAAAAACACCUACCGCAAGGGAUGCUUCAUGUUGUACAAUACGGGAACUAGAUGUGUUCAUUCCACUCACGGGUUGGUCACGACGGUGGCCUACAAAAUGGGACCAAGGACGCCUCCGGUGUACGCUUUGGAGGGGUCAGUUGCCGUUGCCGGCGUAGCCAUGAAAUGGCUUCGUGAUAAUCUAGGACUGCUCAAGGAUAUUCCCACCGAUUCCGAGCAGAUUGCCGGAAGUGUUUUCUCCACUGGAGAUGUUUACUUUGUACCUGCUUUUACCGGAUUGUAUGCUCCCUAUUGGAGGAAAGAUGCUCGUGGCAUCAUUUGUGGCCUCACCAGUUUUACGACCAAACACCACAUAAUCCGGGCCGCCCUGGAGGCCGUCUGCUUCCAGACACGUGAUAUCAUCGAGGCUAUGAAGAAAGACUGCGGAAUCAACUUAAGCAAACUACACGCGGACGGCAUCAUGACGGACAACAAGUUGCUCAUGCAACUCCAGGCCGAUUUGGGGGGAAUUCCAGUUUUGAAAACGGAGGUGAACGAUACGGCAGCGCUUGGCAUCGCGAUGGCGGCGGCCCAGGCCAAAGGGAUCGACCUGUACCAAAUGGAGUCGGACAGUCGGGAUUACCCGCACCACGUAACGCACGAAACGUUCCUGCCAACGACAACCGAUGAGGAACGGAAUGCCCGGUACACCAAGUGGAAAAUGGCCGUCCAGCGCAGUCUCGGGUGGGCAAUUUCCAAGAAGAGCGAUGCCAUGACCGACGAGCGUUACAGUUUGCUGGCAUCCAUUCCGGCCAGUUUGUUCCUGCUGUCCUCUUUCCUGAUGUUAGUUUUUUCCUCAUCCAACCAAAGGUGAUAAGGCUCUUCCCGAUCGAUUUUGGUUCCAAGAACCGGAGCGUUAAACUACCGGCUAUGCUCAAAUAUUGUUAAGGGUAUCCGAAUUGGUUUUUCAAUUGUAGCGUUGUAAUAUUUAUAUUCAUCAUAGUAAGAAGAAAAAAACAGCUUAAUUUGGCUUCUAGAAAGGUGCUUAAGUUUUUUUGGCGAGUGAUUAGAGUAUUAUUUAGGAUAAAUGAAAGAUAGGCUUCCGAAACAGGUUAAAUACUUAAAAAAAGAUUUGAACUUUGCAUUCCUUAUGCGGUAAAGUUGAAGGGAAAUUUAAGGAUACAUAAAGUAAAGUAGGAAAGUGUUGAACAAACUAUGAAAGUUAUCAUGCUUUUGUGAGAUUUUUUUCAUUCUCGAAGAUGGAAUUAAUUCGAAACAGCUUUUUUUUUCAAUGAAUCCCUUUCCAAAAAAGUAGUCGUUUUAAAAGACAUCGAAAAUGUUCCGAUUCUGUACUUAAAAAGUGAACGUUCCUUUUAUUAAUAGGUAUGAGAAAAUGGAAAAUAAAAUAAGUUCAAUAAA